UACUGAAGAAAGUGGCUUCACUUGCUUCUCGGGAAAUAAAUCUUUUAUGGGGAUUCCAAGGAGAGGUAAAAACACUGCGUGAUUUAUUGUCCUUCACUGAGGCUAUCUUACAAGAUGCCGAAAAAUCACAAGGUCAGGCCAUGGAAAUGUGGGUGAAGAAGCUUGAAGACAUAGCCCAUGAUGCUGAUGAUGUGCUGGAUGACUACGAAUACGAGCUUCUCCGGCGUAAGGUAGAAAUCCAAAACCAAAUGAAGAAAAAGGUACUCAACUUCUUAUCACUCCACAAUCCUGUUGCGUUUCGUCUCAAAAUUGCCCACAAAAUUAAGAACAUCAAUGCAUCUUUGGAGAGUUUGAAUAACAAGGCAGCUAGUGUUGGUCUAGUUGCUAGGCCGGAUGCAACCUCUCGUCAGGUAGGAGUGGUACUUGACAGGGAAACCAUCUCCGGAUUUGAUCAGGAUGAAAAGUACAUGGUCGGAAGGGAGGAGCUUGUGUCAGAUAUAGUUACAGACUUAAUCAACUCGAGCAAUAAAAGAGAGACUCGUCCUUGUGUUAUGGCUAUUGUGGGAAUGGCAGGCUUAGGAAAGACCACUUUGGCUAAAGCAAUAUAUCAUGAAAAUGAGAUAGGCAGCCACUUCAACACAAAAAUAUGGGUAUGUGUAUCUACCCCUUUUGACGUGAAGACGAUUUUAAGCGGGAUGUUGGAGUAUGUUGAACCAACAAAGGCUGGGAUAAAAGGUAAGGCAGCAAUAUGCGAAAACCUCCAAGAAAUUUUGAAAGGGAAACGAUAUCUUCUCAUUCUUGAUGAUGUAUGGAACGAGGAUGCACAAAAAUGGGAUGAGUUGAUCAGUUGUUUGUUAAAUAUUAAAGAUACUCAAGGAAGCAACAUCCUUGUCACUACUCGCAGUGCCCAUGUUGCAUCAAUAAUCCAGACGCUUCCUGUGCAUGAUUUGAGAAAACUAUCAGAUUAUGAAUGUUGGCUCAUAUUGAAGAAUAAAGCGGUUUCAGAUAGGAGUGGUCCUUUAAGUGAAGAUCAAGAGAGAAUUGGAAGGUACAUAGCCAAAAAGUGUGCAGGUCUACCCUUAAUGGCAAAGGUAUAUAUGUUGAAUAAAUAUGAAUCUUAUAUUUGAUUAAUUCAGAUGUACUUAAAAAUAAAAGUGAUGAUGGUAUA